GUAGCCAGUCAAGAUCAAUCAUUGGGCGAUGUAGAUGGUCAAAAUAUGGUAGUAGAACCUGUGCACCCGCAGAUAGAAUGGAACAAUUUGCUAUCAGAACCUACUCUUGGUCUUCAAAAUGCGCUUCCUGAGAUAGAUUGGAACAGCCUGCAAGUUAUGGGGCAAGAUGAGGAAGAUAGGAUGGAAAUUGUUAGUGAGGAGCAGUUGUAUGUCAUGUUGGGUUUAAGGGAUGAAGAUGAGAGGGCACAGAAAAGAGAGGAGGACAAUCAAAUGGUGAGAGCAAUGCACAGAACUGUACAAAGUGAUGAUACAGUAGGUGCUGCUAUUCCUGUCACUGAUAGCAUUCCAGAUGAAGUUAUCAUAGCAUGUGAUAAGGAUCAUCCAAGCAUGGAUCUUGGGACUAUAUACCCAACAAUGACUGAUUUUAGGAUGGCUGUGAGGCAGCUUGCAAUCAACAAAGAAUUUGCACUAGGCACAGAAAAAUCUGACAAGAAGAGGUUUAGAGGAUUUUGCAAGUCUAGUGCAGACUGCACUUGGAGGAUUGUUGGAACUCGGCAGGAUGACAACAAAAGCACUAAGGUUACAGUUUUAGUUGACGAGCAUAAUUGUACAUCAAGCAGCAGAAUGAGGACCACUACACCAUCAAAGAAUUGGGUUGCUAGCAAGGCUGAAAGUAUACUUAGAGUGACACUAGACAUGGGUGCUAAAGAGUUGCAGGAUAAGUGGAAGGCUGAGGUACUAAAGAGAAUGCCUAGAAGUGUUGUUGAAAUUGAUACUUUUCAGGUAGAUGGUUAA